UGUGAAUGUGGAAAUCGAUGACCCAGCACCCUCUCAUAGGGAGGUUGCCACUGCUAGCACAGUUGCUGAUGUGCACCGUAAGACUUGCAACUGUCUCCUGGGUAAGGUAAUAGAGAAGUGGCCCAGAGGAAAUAUUCAACUCUUAGUCGAUACUGCUGCCAGCAUCAAUGCGAUAUCAUUUGUACCACUUUGGAAGUCUAACAUUAGAAGGCCGAUGAUACUAGUUGGACCAAGUCUUGGUGGUGCUGUUGCAAUUGAUUUUGGUUCAAUAUUCUGGAUGCUAAGCUUCCUAACAGUAAUUCCCAUCAGGAUUGAAAACCUCAAGUUGCAGGGCUCGAAAACAGUGAGAAUUGUAGUUUCAUGGUUCCCUCAAGAUGAAGCUCUCUGA